AUGCCCCUUGAAGUUAUGCAACCAAACUUUCAUCAUUUCAUUAGAAUUGAAAAAAUAUGCUCAAUUCAAGGAUAUUACAUGUUCUCGUCGAUAAUUCCAUUCGAUUUCUCUACAGCUAAGCAAAGGUAUGUGAACGAUAAAAAUAUGCUUUUGAUAUCUAUGUAUGCUAAAGAAAAAGCCCGCUAUUUAAGGUAUGAGUUGCUUAUGCUUUCAUUUCCUACCGUUUGUUAUGUUUAUGAUGAUGAUGAUGAUGAUGAUGGGUGA